AUGCGCCAGCCGCCCUUUGGCUUCUUGACACAGAACGUCGGAGCACUGUGCGGGGAUUUCGAUUCCCGCACUUGUCCAGCUUUGCGACGACUCUCAGAGAUCCGCCAGCUUCGGGGACGAAUGUCUUCGUCGCACAGGGACUGGAACGCUCAGCUGCCAAAGUCCACCAGACACAACUGGAAGAAGCUGUCUCGGCGGUUCAAGGUCAUGUACUGCCGUACGACUGGUUCCAACUCUGAGCGCUAUUACACCAUGAAAGUGCGUUCAGGCGAGACUCCACGCAAGUUCUUCUACCGGCUGAACGCAGCUGCGGUCAAGGCCGGGAUUGAGUUCCAGAAGUCAUCCAAGCAUCGGGAGCGACACCUUCGUCGCUUCAUCAAGAAGCUGAAGGAUACCCAGCUGAAGACCGCGCUGCAGGGACAGAAGUUCAAGAGUAUCAGCGAGGUUGAGCAUGCGUUGAGACGCCACGAGGACAUCUGGCGUGAGGAAGUCUAUGACACUCACCCGCCACGACGUGACUUCCGCGCUGACAACGACCCGCAAGGCCGUUUCAAAGCUCGAAGGCCUGGACGCGCUUUUGUCGUUCAAGGUUCAGAACCUGAUUCAGACUCCGAGCCUGAACGGCGUGUCCGGUUUGAAGAGCUAGAUGAUGAAGUCAAGCCGGCCACUCAGGUGGCGCUCGCCAAGGGACUGAACCUUGUGCCAGCUGAAACGCAUCCCGUGUUCACGGUGGAGAAUGUCACGAAGGAGAUUUAUCGUGUUUUGGAUGCUGAAGGAUGGCGUCCUCCACCUCAGUUUGGAAAUGCGGAUCUGCGUUCAGGCAACCCAGAUCUGCGUUCAAGACCGAUGUCACCGCGUUCAAGCAAUUCGCCGUGGCAGAUGACUUGUGAGAACUGUGGAGGGUUUGGACACUCGAAGGAGAGCUGUUGGGCGGACCUGAUCUGUGAUCGCUGUCACCAACAAGGUCACCCGACUGAUGCUUGCCGCACCAACCCAUGUCCUGGCUGCAACCAGUUCCAUCGUGGAUUCUCGUGUGAAGAUUGGAGAGCUAUCCAAGCAGUGAAGAAGAUGCACCGCCAAGGUGCACUCUACGACCAAACUCUGGACGCACUCCAGACUGGUGAGGCCGACUCUGGGAAGAAGCCGUUAAACCACUAA